AUGGUCUCCAACUCCAAGCCAUCGCUUUAUCUCUUCCUGCCUUCGUACAGUGCAAGCCACAGAUUUCCCGGUACCGCCAUAGCCUCGCGCUUUAAAGCUUUCAGACCUCCACGCAUCCAGAUCGCGGACACCAUGCCGCAGGUAAUUUUCCAAAUGACCAUAAUCACGCAAAGAACGAGGUCCUCCGGCGUAAAUUCCUCGAACCCGCCCCUCUCGAUUGACUUGCUGAAGCACAGUAGAAAGCUAAGUGUCGCACUGAUAAGGAAAUGGGCGGUCAUGGCUUUGCGGUCCUCCGUCCGAUCUGUCAAGAUCAAGAGGAUCAAGCUGAUGAUAGAGCUGAGAUACGCCACUGUCAAGGCGAGCGCAAGGGCGAUCACCAGAAAUUUGGGUACGGACUCGCCAAUGCCGAGGGUAAAGAUGGUCGUGAUUGAAAGGGUGGUGGUGACGAGCUCGACGAAAACUAUUGAGCGGAGGGGCGAUAUGUCUGAUGUUCCUGAUGAUGGGCUAGCUGGUAUGGCCAUGCUUGCGUUGCAAUCGGAGCAAGGGAAGGGAGGUGCUCCUGAUGUCGAUGCUGCUGCGGUUCUGUGUUCUGGUGCGGUGCCGAUAGAAUAG